AUGUCAGUAACGCCCCCAAUAAACAAAACAAAAACAUCCUCAACUUCCACUACACACGCUCUUCGUUUAAAAUCAUCACAACACAGCACUCAUCGCACACUCAAUUUUUGUACUUGUGUUCCAUCAAACACCCAAAAGCAAAAUUUAAUCUUUUCAAUGGAAGAGGGACCCCCAUCAAUCCAAGACCUCAUUUUCUCACUUCAACAAGCCACUUUCAUGGCCAAGCAGUUACCAUCAUCAUCCACCGCCAGCCCCACCCAUCUCCACCAAAUCCACUCUUCCCUCUACCACGCCCACCGCCACCUCUCUGCCUUCCUUUCCGCCCUCCCGCUGCCUCCGCUGUCCGCCGCCGAGUCCUCCGCCACCGGCGAACCGAUGCAGGUGGAGGACGGUGGCGAUGAUGGGGGUGAUGAUGAAGAGACCACUUCAAAGUGCACCAUUGACUUGGUUGAGGAGAAAAUGAGGCACUGCUUCAUCAAGAACAAGCGCCCCAAACGGCCCUUGUCGCCGUCCGCGGCGGCGAUCGCGGAGGAGAAGGGAGUUUCCGAUGAUGGGUAUGCGGGGCCGGUCAGGGACUAUGAUCCAUAUGUUGUGAGGUUGAAGUCGUUGGACCUUUUGUAUCAGUUUCAUGUGUGA